AUGGGCACAAUCUCUAUAAGAAAGUUCAUCCGCUGGCUCCCCGACGAACCCAGCGAGCCAACAACAACCCUCGUAAUCACAAGCCCAAGACUAAAACGUUUCGUCGAUCUACGAAUCCUCUUAUCAGACAAUGACUCAACCGACAAGUUACCCUUUUCCCGUCUGGAUUGGGCUAUAGCAGGUACAACAGUGUCAACUCGUAAACCCGACCCUUCAGGUGCUUUGACAUCUCACUCAACAUUUCACCAAUGGAUAUCCUCGCGUGAACUGGUAAACGACGCGGGUUUCAUGUAUCCGCAGCCUGGCGAGGAUCUCACACUUGAGAAGGGAAGUAUGGUGAAUCCAGACACGGGUGUUGAUACAGCGUAUGAGGAACUCUGGCAUGAUGCUACGCCUACUGCUAUACCGGGAGAAACAGAUGUAAGAGCGCUGGUUUUGCAAACUGAGGAUGAAGAGAAGGGUGUGAGAGGUUGUGUCGUCAGGCUGGGAAGGUACGCGCAGGGUUUGAUCAGAGUUGGUAAAAAGAUUGCGUUGGAGAGGUGGGAGUGGAUGGAGGGUGGAUGGAAGAGAACGGUUAGGAUGGGUGAUGAGGAAUUGCCUAUUGAGAAGAUCUUGGGUGAGGACACCUUGGAGGAGAAUGAUAGUGUUGAUGUUGGUGGAAGAACAUGGAAUGUCAUUGAAGCGAGCGGUAAACCCGUUACAAAGUAA